UCACCACCUUCUUCUUCAGAUCACAAGUCCUUUUCAGAUGAUAAAGACACCCAAUUGUUGUUAUCAAAUUCUGCACUCUUUCUUUCCUCUAUCUUCAUACACUCUACACUUUAACUCAGUAAAAAAACAAAAGAAAAAUAGUUUAGAAACUUAAAUCUUCAUCCACUUGAUUUUGGGUACCCUAUAGCAUUAUCAUAUUUUUGUCCUAUUACCUAUUACUUUUACCAUGUUCAAUGAACUUGCUUCAUUUAAGGGUGUUUGAAGCCUCUUUUUUAUUUUCUUCAAAGACUGCGGCAGUUUCUUUUCUCCUCUUUCUGAACUUUGUUUUCUCAUUCUAUAAGUUUUAGGUAAGAAACGUAAUCUUUAAGGUCUCAACUCUUGGUUAUGAUCGAUGAGGAAUGAGAAAGGUUUAGGUUAAGAGUUUGUCAUGAAAGAGAGAGAGAUUGCAAGAUUGCAAGCUGGAACCUGCUGUCAGUUGAGCAGCUUUCUUGCAUGAUCUAUGUUAUGCUUGUAACAUGUUUGUUUUUUUUUUUUAUCUCUUCUUCCGUUUCUUUUUUGUGUCAAUAAUUUUCCAACUGAACCAUAAAAAAAACAAAUAGAGAAAGAAAUGUUCUGUGCGCGUUUCAAGGAGGACGAACGUGCAAUUUUGGCAUCAUUGCACUAUGAAGCGUGCUCUUAGCCUUUGGCAUUCCCCACAAGCUUCAUCAGCUCCAUGAUUUUUCCCUGUGGUCGAGGGGUUAAGAGAAGGAUUGAUUUGGUCUAUGGAGGUGGUAGCGUGGGGUUGAUGGGUCUAGUUUCUCAGGCAGUUCAUGAUGGUGGACGCCAUGUUCUGGGUGUUAUCCCGAGAAGUCUCAUGCCAAUUGAGAUAACUGGUGAACCUAUUGGUGAAGUGAGAGCAGUAUCUGAUAUGCAUCAGAGGAAAGCUGAGAUGGCUCGUCAAGCUGAUGCAUUCAUUGCCCUUCCUGGGGGAUAUGGAACACUCGAAGAAUUGCUCGAAAUCAUUACAUGGGCUCAGCUUGGAAUCCACAGCAAACCGGUGGGUCUGUUGAAUGUGGAUGGAUUUUACAAUUCGUUGUUGUGUUUCAUUGACAAGGCCGUUGAUGAAGGCUUUAUUUCUCCAAAGGCACGUCGCAUUAUCGUGUCAGCCCCCACAGCCAAAGAGUUGGUUAGGGAGCUUGAGGAACAUGUGCCUGAACGAGAUGAAGUUGUGUCCAAGUUGGUGUGGGAAGAAAGACUGAGUUAUGUGGCUGAAUCCGAAGUUGCCAUGUGACUGAUGAAGAUGAAGACUUAGUUUUUGGGAUCUUUUCUAUCAUUUUGUUGUUCUUUUUUAUGUAUUUUGGGUACAUAAUAUAGUCAAUAUAUAUAUGGGCAUAGGAACCGUAGGAUCAUACAUCAUCCUCUUGUUUUGGUUUUUUUCUUUUUCCAACUUAUGUUGAUGCCCCUACUACUAUACAGAAAACGAGGGUAGGUCAAAAAUAUGAAAAAAUCAUCGAUUAAUGGAAGUUAAUUAUCUUAUC